GGCUGUGGUAACUCUGGAAGGGAAGAAUGGUGUCUCCACAGCCCGAGGCUAUGGGCAGCUGGCCAAGCCUUUCUCUAUAAAAGCAGCUGAGACUUAGCUUCACACAUCCUUCUUCUGCUCCGUCUUCCAGACCUUGUGUGAAAGGAAAUUUUUAUCGACAAUGGCAACUGAACUGGAGAAGGCCUUGAGCAACGUCAUUGAAGUCUACCACAAUUAUUCUGGUAUAAAAGGGAAUCACCAUGCCCUCUACAGGGAUGACUUCAGGAAAAUGGUCACUACUGAGUGCCCUCAGUUUGUGCAGAAUAAAAAUACCGAAAGCUUGUUCAAAGAAUUGGACGUCAAUAGUGACAACGCAAUUAACUUCGAAGAGUUCCUUGUGUUGGUGAUAAGGGUGGGCGUGGCAGCUCAUAAAGACAGCCACAAGGAGUAACAGAGCUUCUGGCCUGGGGCUGGGCCCUUGGAUAUGUCUACAGAAUAAAGUCGUCAUAUCUUAA